ACAUUUGCUGGGUCACCUUGGUUCAUGGUGCAUAAAGCACCAUUAGUUGCAUUAAGUAUGAAUCUCCUCCGGCCAGAUGCUGCGAGUCUCGGAAAUCAUGAAUUUGAUUUGGGUGCAAAAGGUUUAGAAACAUAUUUAAAUUUAACUUAUGGAUAUCCGGUAGUUGCUGCUAAUAUCGACGUUUCUGAAGAACCUGGAUUAUUAAAGCAAAGAUCUUUAAAGAGAUCUGUGGUAUAUAGGGUAAAUGGACGUUUAAUUGGAAUUAUAGGAUAUGUAUUACCUGAUACUAAACUAAUGGCGAUUGCGAAUAAUAUAACAUUUAACGAUGAAAUUAAAACAAUUAAAAGAGAAGCUGGAAUACUGAAAAGAGGAGGUGUCAAAAUAUUGAUAGCCUUGGGCCAUUCUGGUCAUAACAUGGACAAAAAAAUUGCUGCAGAAGUCAAAGACAUUGACAUCGUUGUUGGUGGUCAUUCAAACACAUUUCUUUGGAAUGGUAAAGAACCUGACAGUGAGCAACCAAAAGGUGAAUAUCCUGUACAAGUUAAGCAAAUGUAUCAAAAUAAAACAUUUGAUUUAAUUGUUCUACAAAAUGCUGGAGGAAUCAGAUCCAAUCUGAUGCCAUAUGAAAACAGUACAGUUAUUUAUGGAAUGUUAAUGUCGGUGAUGCCUUAUGAGAGUACUUUAUUUAAGUGUGAAAUAACAGGCAAACAAUUAAAAGCAAUGCUAGAAUGGGUUGUAACUAGAUACACAGUGAACAAUGAGCGAGGUGAAUUUCCACAGUGGCAAAUAUAA